GCGAUUCAUUGGUUUAUGAUCUAUCUUUCCGUGCGUCUGACAUGUAUCUUCGCGAGGCGACAAACUUACUUGAUUUUUAUCAAUAUUUCCGAACCGUAUCACGUCGAAUGUACUUCCCGGGUCAUUGAGCUGGACCGUUCGUCCUGUCGAGCAAUUGUAUUAGUUAAAAAGUGCUCCGGAAUCGUGAUGUUCCGAUGGUGAAAAAAAUGACUUUAGAUUCAUGGUGUGUGCGUUCCACCAGAAGGGGAGGGGAGAGGAAGAGAGAUGUGUCGGUGGUGGACGAAUUACUACAAUUUGCUUAAUAGCUAAUAGACUCAAUUUGAUUUCGUUGUUUUCUUUUUAAUUUAUCGCGGCGCAUCGACUUUCACGGUCGUUACACACGGUGUGCCCUAGUGCCACCGCAUUUGCGAAACGUACACGCGGCGAUGGUACGGAUCGCGUACGAAUAACCCAAAUGCGAGGGUUGAGCGCGAAUCCCGGACCUUGCGCACCGAAAUCCGGCGCUUUAGUCACGUCGCGAACACCGUGCGUUUAGACUUGAAAAUUUUCUGGUAUGCUUUUACGAAUCAUUCACGAUGUCCGCGUGUGUGAUGAUACUGCCAUAUCUCAUCCUAGGAUUGUUAGGACCUACAUUCGGACACGAUGUCAAGGGUUCCUCAGUAUGUGAGUUUUACAAUGAGACUAUGUGUACAGAAUCCCAACAAGAAUGUUCAGGAAAAGAGGAGUGUGGGCCACAUGACCCAGGCAAAAGAAAUCACUGUUACGUCUUGUGGCAAAUUGAUAAUGCUACGAAGAAGUCUAUCAUUAAAUUAAAGGGAUGUUUCCUGGAUAGCAAUGACUGCUACGACAGGCCACAUUGCAUUGAGAACAGUGCAGAAAGGAAAAAGGAAUUAUUUUUCUGUUGCUGCGAUGGCAAUAUGUGCAAUCAAAAUUUCACAUGGGAGCCUCACCCAACUUCUUCUUCUAAACCUAUACAACCUUCUGUUAUUCAUGAAUUAGAACCAGUUCCAAACACAGAGCAACAAAUAAUCACCCUCGUAUUGUCAAUAUCGAUACCUAUACUCUUACUUGCUAUCAUUGUACCAUUUCUAUACUGGUGUUACCGACGACGAAAGUCGGGAUAUUUCAACGAGGUACCAACGUUGGAGCCUUUGCCGUUGCCACAGCCAUCCCCUAAUUUGGGAUUACGUCCCAUACAGUUGCUCGAAAUAAAAGCUCGUGGCCGUUUCGGAGCUGUUUGGAAAGCGCAGCUAAAGAAUGAAAUCGUUGCCGUAAAAGUAUUCCCGAUACAAGACAAACAGUCUUGGCAGACAGAACAGGAGAUAUUCAAACUCGCGCAUAUGGAUCACGAGGAUAUAUUGCGGUUUAUAGGCGUUGAGAAAAGGGGAGAUAAUUUACAAACCGAAUUCUGGUUAAUCACCGCGUACCACGAAAAGGGUUCGUUGUGCGACUAUUUGAAGGCAAAUGUUGUAACAUGGCCCGAGAUGUGUAGAAUAGCAGAGUCCAUGGCAAGAGGCUUGAUGCACUUGCACGAAGAAAUUCCAGCCAAUAAGGUCCACGGGUAUAAACCUGCUGUGGCUCAUAGAGAUUUUAAGUCGAAGAACGUUUUACUUAAAGCCGAUAUGAGUGCCUGUAUAGCCGAUUUUGGUCUAGCGCUAAUAUUUCAUCCCGGGAAGCCUUGCGGAGAUACUCACGGACAGGUUGGAACAAGAAGGUACAUGGCUCCAGAAGUUUUGGAGGGAGCGAUUAAUUUUACAAGAGACUCGUUUUUACGAAUCGAUAUGUAUGCUUGCGGUCUGGUGCUUUGGGAAUUGGCAUCGAGAUGCACUGUGCAAGACGGACCGAUUGGCGAGUAUAGAUUACCAUUUGAGGAUGAAGUGGGUUUACAUCCUACUUUAGAAGACAUGCAAGAAAGUGUUGUGCACAAAAAGGAGAGGCCAAUCAUUCUGGAAACGUGGCGAAAACAUCCUGGACUUCAAUCAAUUUGUGAUACAAUGGAAGAAUGUUGGGAUCACGAUGCCGAAGCGCGUCUCUCAGCUUCUUGUGUAAUGGAAAGAGUUGCUACAUUGAGUAGGACGCUUGUUUUAAAUUCGUCGACGUUGAUACGAGUUGAUAAUACCAACGAGACUAUCACCACUAAGGAAUCUAGUAUGUAGUUAAUCUACGUGUAUUAUAGCUUUAGUUAAAUUGCACAACCAUUUUUCUGUAUCAUAUUUUUCACGCGUACAUCAAUGAGGAACGGCAACUAACGUAUCGCGUACCAUUGUGUCAUAACUAUUUACAUAAAUCAUUAAUACCGCUUAUAUUUUAUAAUUAACUUAGUUCGUUAUGUGUUCGAUCAAUCGAAUUUUGUAUAAACCUUAACUAAAACGCAAUUAACAAAUGCUUAUCUAUAUGUACAGUAUUAAUGACGAAGACGUGAAUAUGGGAAUUUUUUUAUUUCUUUCUCGCAUCACUAAGGAUAAUAUGUAAAUUUUUCUUUCUUUGAAUAGUUGCGUUCCUCAUUGACGUCAGCGAUCGUGCAGCGAUUAUUCAACAUAACAAAAUGAAUGAAAUACUAGCCAAAUGAAUAUUCAAUGGAUAAUUUUUAUCUACGAAGUCGUAUCAUAUGUGAAUUGUUACAAAGAAGAUGACUCAACAAUUUUAUACAAACGUACCUGGUAGAGACAGUCGAGUUAACUGAUUGGAAGCUAUGAGGAAUUUAUUAGAACCUUCUUGCACGGAUUAUACAAGCUACUGUAAUUAUUUUGCAUUUGUACGACAUAAAAUAUUUAAGGCGAUCGGUUUAUUUUACAGCGACUUUCGAAGUCUUACAUUCACCUAGCUUUGAAAUAAGUAUUGCAUCCUGUGUACACGGGACCUCAAACGAUUUUGAGGUUGGCGCCAUUUAUCGUUCCGACCGCGAAUGCUAGAUGGCGCCACGUACAACCUCAAAAUCGCUUGAGGUAUGUGUACAUAAUAGUGGACGUGUGAUCAUUACGUUAUUUAUAUGUUGAAAAUAUUUAAUAAAACCCGGUGCAUCUUGUCUAAACCAGUUCUCCGCAAUGUGUACAGACUGCAGUUACAUAGUUAAGUGUUUCAGUAUUUAACAUCGCGACCCCUACGUCUUAUAUUUGUAUUGUCUAUAAAAUGUCUUUCCGGUUUUUAGUUGUCAUUUCAGUGUUCCGCUAUUGAGCCAUCAAAGACUGAAUUAGUUGUUUAAAAAAGGUAAUUUGUAACCGACAACUAUUGAAUUGUUUCUAGGAGAACGAUGGUUAUUCGAGAUGCACGCUCUGAUUUAUACGUAAUAUUUUACUUAAAUAAUGUCUCGUUUUAUACAAAAAUUCCUUUCACUUGCUCUGACGUCGAAUCUAUAAUGAUUUCCGUUCUUAAACAAUUGAAUCCUUUGAACUCGAUAAAAAUUAGUUUCGAUUAGUAACAUAAAACUGUGAUAAUAAGUACGUGGAUUAAGUAUCGCGGCGAUAUUCAAGGCCUAAUCAGAAUUGCAUGAUUUGCCUUAUGCCAUCGUUCAGAAACAUAAUUUUGCAGAGCAAGUGGAGGGUCGAGUAAAUUUAGUAUUUUGUUACCAACGAUCGGGCUUUUUAGCAGUGCCAAAAGGGUAAUGAAUACGCAUACACUGCGACAUUGGUGAACAAUUCGCUAGCCAAAUUUCCUCUGACGAUGAAUUGUCCACCAGUGCGUUACAGCUUCAUCUUUGUAUAUUAAGUUCUCGGUACAUAUGUAAGACAUGCUGAGAUCGGUGACGCGUACCUAUUAAUCAUUAACAUACGAUGUUAUUGAAUGGAUGGAAAAUUAACUCAUAAUUGAUCGUACAUAGUAUUAUUUUUAUUUAAUGAAAAACAAAGAAUAUUAUCUAUGAUAUUCAUCUUCGCAAUGCAAUACGAUUAAAUAUAGUAAUGUUAAGCGAUCUAAUUACUCAAAGGACAGAGUUUAUUUAACAGUUACACCUAUCGUAUGUGUAAAUAUAUUGAAAAUCGAUUGUGGGUUAAUUGGAAACAUUAGGAUUUAACGAGUUUUGUCGACUUUUACAUAUCGGGAACCGGUUAUCUGUGUUCACAGAUAAAUUUGUUUAUUUCGUGUAACGCCGCGAGUUUCGUUUAUAAAUAACGUGUAAUAAGAAAAUAUUCUAAUCUUAUCAUUGGCGAUUGUUGUGUAAUUACGUGGGUUCGGCGACCUCCCCUCGUGUAAAAAGAGCAGCUGGCAAGCGAUGCAUUUGACAGUGAGACCAGUCUGGUUCGCGUAAGACUGAAACGUGAAUAUAGAACGAUAGUUUACAAUACUUAAACGAAAUAAAAGGUGAACGUUCGCAAUCCCCCCCUCCCCCCGGGCUGUUACAGUUACAGCAUACAUUGAUUUUAACAGAGUGCAAUGUUGAGGUAAUAUUUUCGAACAUCUUGUACAUAGAUAGACAUACAAAUCUAGGCAUAUACAUACGACCUAUCAUGUUACAUUGCUUGUCUCUUAUUAAAUCAUAUCCCAUAAAUAUUAUAUACGGAGGUUAGGUUUUAAUAUUGACAGUACCAUAAUGGCAUUCCAAUUCCAGUCACCUAUAAUAUAUUGUAUAUUAAUGUAAAUCAAUAUUGUCAUUUCUGACUUUUAGAGUAUAGAAAAUUCUUAUCGACAGGCUGCGGAUUUUUAUCCAAAACAUUUGUCAAGUCAAUUUAUAAUUUGGAAAUCUGGAUUCAAAGCUAUAUUAUUGUUCGAAAAUAUUGAUGUACGUUAUA